CGCGAGAUUGGGCUGAUGCGACAAAGUGACGCAAAUGCACAAAGCUUUGUAGGAAGCUCGAGUGGCAUUCAUUUCGUGCGAUCGGUAUAUAAUGCGUUGGCCAAGUCUCGCGUGCAAUUGCCGCCUCAGACACCGGAUCAGAGCAUCGUACCCGGCGAAGAGGACAUGUUGGAUGGAGCAGUUCCUUACAGCUCCAAGAAUCCCUGGUCAUCCGAUGAAGUUGAGGUCAUCACCAAUGGAUCUCCAAACUUCGACUUCGAAGACUUGCAGGUAUGGAGUGGAAGUUAUUUCGAGAAUUGGCACACUGCCUACCCUUUCAUCUCGGCACCUGCCAUACUCGAGUACUUUGAGCAGCAUGUUCGACCAGCUACUCUUCCCGAGUUGCGCAAACGUCGAACACCGAGCUUUACAAUCCUCCGCUCAAUCAUGUCUAUCUCCCUUGCAGACCGAAGACAAUCAGGGCAUUCGUCAGGAAAACCGGUUCCUGCAUGCCUGGUGUUCAAAUCCUUUGAGGAAGCCAUGAAGAGUGUGCAAGACAUGCUCUUCCUGCCAUCUUCUCUUGAUGCACUGCAAGCAGUGGUCGCCGUACAGCUCUUCCUUGUAUCGAUGCUACGUCUCAAUGGAGCCUCCAGACUAGGCGGCAUGAUCAUUCGCAUGGCCUACCAACUCGGUCUGCACAGGUGCCCCACGAGAUAUGCAGGUUUCGAUACUGGACAAGCUGAGCUUCGCCGUCGGUUAUUCUGGUCCAUAUACUGUAUAGAUCGCUAUCUUUGUCAGUCUCUCGGACUACCCCUGAGUAUCCGCGACGAUGACGUGGACGUCUGUCACUUCGACGAAGAGAAACAUACUCUCAAUGGGCAUCAACGAACAACAAUGGAUGCCCGACUCAAGACACUCAACUUUCUAGCUAGGCAUGCUUCGAUGAAGGGUCAAAUCAUGGAGCUCCGCAACAAGUCCAUUCAUCAGAGAACUACCAACCGAGAUCUUGCUACCCUGAUCGGAGCAAGGAUUGAAAAAUUUGGCAACGAUCUCCAGUACGCUAUCGAUCCUGCUGCAUCAGACCGGUUCAACAUACUGCACGAGACUGUUCUGCUCGUCUCGCAACAUGAAUUGGUCAUCUCGCUCAAUCGACCUUUGUUGACGUUGGAGAAGCAAUCGAAUGAGUACAUGGCAGCUUUACAGACAUGCAUUCGUGCUUCCAGAGCCAUCAUAUCCAUUCUCUAUCAGUGCCUCCGUACCCAAGUCUCCCAAGAACAUUCGGAAAUAUCUAGAGCACCCUUACUAUGGCCAUCGCUUACAUGGUGUGUAUGGCAGAGCUCAUUCAUCGUGCUCCACGCCGCACUAGAAGGAGAGAUGCCAAAGCACAUUGCAAGGAGGCUUGCAGACGACAGUGUAGAGAUUCUCAGGCAUCUCGCACUUCGGGGAAGUGUUUGGCCGAACGUAUGCGCGGUUGCUAUCAAUGAUUUA